GAUGAAGGCAGUGGACCUUUUCAACACUCAGGAUUUAGGAGAAGAUGAAUUUAAGAAAUUCAAAUGGCAUCUGCGCCAGCCAAACAUCCUGGAAGGUUACCAAAACAUCAAAGUGGCCACGCUGGAGGAUGCAGAAAGGCAGGACACAGUGGAUGUGAUGGUGAAUACCUAUCAACUUCAUGGAGCUCUGAAGGUGACCAAGAAGGUUUUAGAGAUGAUCAACAGGAAUGAUCUAGUGCAGAGUCUGCCAGACACCAGCUCAGGACCAGAAGAGUCAGUGGAUGUCAGUGAUGUUGGAGAGACUUCAGAGAACAGAGGAACUCCCUCCUCUCAGAGCAAAGACGGGAUGGUUCCAGUACCAAAGCCUGCAUUGCACAUCUCAAAAUACCAAGAAAAGAUUCAGCCAAACUUCAAAGACCGUUACAUGCAACUAAAAGAAGGGUUGACGGAGGAGAAACAACCUCUGGAUGAGAUGUUCACACAUCUGACUGUCACAGCUGGGGGUGACGUACACAUCAACACACAGCAUGAGGUCAGGCAGAUUGAGACAGUGAGGCCAGCAGAUACAGAGACAACAAUUAAACCUUGUGACAUGUUCAAACACACCUCUGGAAACGACAGACCCAUAAGAACAGUGCUGACCAAGGGAAUCGCAGGAAUUGGAAAAACAUUUCUUGUGCACAAGUUUGUGUUGGACUGGGCUGAAGGAAGAGCCAAUGAAGAUGUGCAUCUCGUUUUCCCCUUCACCUUCCGUGAGCUGAAUUCAUGGAAGGGAGUGAAGGUAUGUUUGGCAGAGCUCAUUCAUGAAUGUAUCUGGGAGACCAAAGACAUCAAGAAAGAAGCUCUUAAUCACAUCUUUACAGAGCUGCAGUCAACAGGAAACACCAACUUUGACAAGAGUGAAUUCAAACUUCUGUUUGUUUUGGACGGACUGGAUGAGAGCCGCCUUAAUCUGGACUGCUCUACCAAUAAAAACAAGGCAGUUAUAAUUGAUGUGACAGUGCCGACCUCAGUGGACGAGCUGCUGGCGAACCUCAUCAAGAAGAAACUGCUUCCCACUGCUCGUCUCUGGAUAACCACACGACCUGCAGCAGCCAAUCAGAUCCAUUCAGACUUUGUAGACAUCACGACAGAGGUCAGAGGGUUCUCCGACCCACAGAAGGAAGAGUACUUCAGGAAGAGAUUCACAGAUCAGGAACAGGCCGGCAGAAUCAUCUCCCACAUCAAGACAUCACGAAGCCUCCACAUCAUGUGCCACAUCCCAGUCUUCUGCUGGAUCACUGCUACAGUUCUAGAUAAAGUGAUGAAAACCAGAGAGGGAGGGGAGCUGCCCAAGACCCUCACUGAGAUGUACGCAGAAUUCCUGCUGUUUCAGAUUCAUCAGACAAAAGAGAAGUAUGACCCAGAAGACUAUGACUCAGAAAAGUGCACUCAGUACAUUGAGUCAUUAGCAAAACUGGCUUACUGUCAGUUGGAAAAGGGCAACCUGAUCUUCUACGAGAAAGAUCUAGAAGAGAGUGGCAUUGAUGUCAGUGGAGCUUCAAAGUGCUCAGGAUUUUUCACAGAGAUCUUCAAAAAGGAAAGUCGGGGAAAGAAUGACAAAAAAAAGAUGUUUAGCUUCGUCCAUCUGAGUGUUCAAGAGUUUCUGGCUGCUCUUCAUGUCGAGAGGGCAGUAAUUAAUAGAAACAAGAAUGUGAUGUUUGGGCAAAGUUUGGUUGAACAAAUGCAAAUGGUUUUCAGCAAAAAAUCUAUGAUGUCUAAGGUCCAUAGGUUUGCUAUUGACAAGGCCUUACAGAGUCUAAACGGCCACCUGGACUUGUUCCUCCGCUUCCUCCUGGGUCUUUCACUGCAGAAAAAUCAGGAUCUCCUCCAAGACCUGCUGCCUCAGACAGGAAGUAGCUCAGAGCCCAAUCAGGAAACAGUCAAGUACAUCAAGAAGAAGAUCAAUAAGGUUCUGUCUGCAGAGAGAAGCAUCAAUCUGUUCCACUGUCUGAAUGAACUGAAUGAUCGUUCUCUAGUGGAGGAGAUCCAGCAGUAUCUGAGUUCAGGACAUCUCUCCACAGAUAAACUGUCUCCUGCUCAGUGGUCAGCUCUGGUCUUCAUCUUACUGUCAUCAGAAGAAGAUAUGGAUGUGUUUGACCUGAAGAAAUAUGGUGCUUCAGAGGAGGCUCUUCUGAGGCUGUUGCCAGUGGUCAAAGCCUCCAAAAAAGCUCUGCUGAGUGGCUGUAACCUGUCAGAGAGAAGCUGUGAAGAUCUGUCCUCAGUUCUCAGCUCCGAGUCCUCUAGUCUGAGAGAGCUGGAUCUGAGUAACAAUGAACUAAAGGAUUCAGGAGGGAAGCUGCUUUCUACUGGAGUGAAGAGUCCACACUGUAAACUGGAGACUCUCAGGCUGAAUGGCUGUAACCUGUCAGAGAGAAGCUGUGAAGAUCUGUCCUCAGUUCUCAGCUCAAAGUCCUCUAGUCUGAGAGAGCUGGAUCUGAGUAACAAUGAACUGAAGGAUUCAGGAGGGAAGCUGCUUUCUACUGGAGUGAAGAGUCCACACUGUAAACUGGAGACUCUCAGGCUGAAUAGCUGUAACCUGUCAGAGAGAAGCUGUGAAUAUCUGUCCUCAGUUCUCAGCUCAGAGUCCUCUAGUCUGAGAGAGCUGGAUCUGAGUAACAAUGAACUGAAGGAUUCAGGAGGGAAGCUGCUUUCUACUGGUGUGAAGAUUCCACACUGCAAACUGGAGACUCUCAGGCUGAGUGGCUGUAACCUGUCAGAGAGAAGCUGUGAAGAUCUGUCCUCAGUUCUCAGCUCAGAGUCCUUUAGUCUGAGAGAGCUGGAUCUGAGUAACAAUGAACUGAAGGAUUCAGGAGGGAAGCUGCUUUCUACUGGAGUGAAGAGUCCACACUGUAAACUGGAGACUCUCAGUUUGUCAGGCUGUCUGAUCACAGAGGAAGGCUGUACUUCUCUGGCCUCAGCUCUGAGCUCAAACCCGUCCCAUCUGAGAGUGCUGGACCUGAGCUACAAUCAUCCAGGAGACUCGGGAGUGAAGCUGCUUUCAGCUAGACGGGAGGAUCCAAACUGCAGACUGGACACUCUAAGGCUGGAUCAUGGCGGAGAGCAGAGGCUGAAACCUGGUCUGAGGAAGUAUUCCUGUCAACUCACACUGGACACAAACACAGUGAACAGAAAACUCAAACUGUCUGACAACAACAGGAAGGUGACAUUAGUGGAGGAGAAGCAGCCAUAUCCUGAUCAUCCAGAGAGGUUUGAGUCCUGGUAUCCUCAGCUGCUGUGUCGAGAUGGUCUGACUGGUCGCUGUUACUGGGAGGUUGAGAGGAGAGGAAAGGUUGAUAUAUCAGUGAGUUACAGAGGAAUCAGGAGGAGAGGAGACGGUGCUGACUGUAGGUUUGGAUAUAAUGAUCAGUCCUGGAGUCUGAGCUGCUCUGAUCAUGGUUACUCUGUCUGGCACAAUAACAGAGGAACAUCCAUCUCCUCCUCCUCUGUCUCUGGUAGAGUAGCAGUGUAUGUGGACUGUCCUGCUGGCUCUCUGUCCUUCUACUCAGUCUCCUCUGACUCACUGAUCCACCUCCACACCUUCAACACCACAUUCACUCAGCCUCUCUAUCCUGGGUUCAUGUUCUGGUUCAGGUCUCCUGGUUCCUCAGUGUCUCUGAGUCCUCUGGAGGACGGAGAGUCUCCUCCUGUUUCUCACAGCUGAUCAGUUGAGUCUGUUCAGGAUCACACUAACAGACAUAUUAUAUUUACCAAUAUAGGUGAUGGGAACAAAGACCGUAUA